GCGUGUCGCCAACCGUCGUAGUCAGGGAUGCGCCAAGCUAAGCCCCACCAGGACCGUCCGGAAGAGCCCCUGGGCAUGUGCUGUGGCGGGCGGGGGCGGCUUGCAUGGCCUUUAGCAAAACGACGACACGCGUCAGGGCCUGGCUAUGCUUCUGCUCGUCUCAGUCGCCAUCUCGUAUACGUAGGCAUGCCGUCGCCAUGGCCGGCUUUGUUUUUUUCGUGAUUUUGUUGUGGAUGAAAUCAGGGACAAAAUCAUGGACAGUGUCUACA